CAACAUUGAACCGGACGGACGGUCGAUCAAUGAAAAUCGAUCCCCGCAACACGCAAGCAAGCAAAAUAACAAAAAGAAGGAAACGAAGGAGAAGAAAGGAGGAUCCGCCGCGCGACGGAGCGUUCUCGUCGCGCUCGCAAGAUGGCGCCGCGAGGGUGCGCUGGCACGUCGUGACCCCUGGCGGUUGUAGAGUUGCGUCACGUGAUGUGGGGAAUCUUUCGCGCGGGUCACGUGGUCCGCGGGAGACGCGCUCCCAAGUGCCCCGAGUCCCCGCCGAGCGAGGCCUGUGUCGCCGCAGCAGGCCAGCCAUUUUGGCAAGCGUUAACAUGGCGUCGCCGCCGGAGAUUAAUAUGGCGUCCUCGGACAUAAUAACCGAAGUGGAGAUACAACCGGACAUCCAGGAGGUCGAGAUAGAGGCGAUACCGGUGGAGAUACCGUGCGAGACCGUGGAGACGACGAUCGAGGGCGAGGACGGGCAGCCGAUGAUAGCGCUGCAGCCGCUGCCGGAGCCGGGCCGCGAGGAAAUCAUACUGCAGACACAGGAGGAGAUCGUCGGCGCCGAUCCGCUCAACGUGUACGACCAGAUUCCGGUGCCGGACAACGACAUUUAUGUCGAGUCCAGCCCGGGGCCGUCGCGUAAAGCCGCAAAGAAGGCCCGUAAGAGCGGUGGCGCGCGCUUCCGCACCUCCGAGCACGCGAUCUUCGGCGAGAUGGCCACCGAGACCAAGGCUAGGAAAUGGGAACAGAAGCAGGUGCAGAUCAAGACGCUCGAGGGCGAGUUCUCGGUAACGAUGUGGGCGUCCGGCACGGACGACGGUAACAUCCUAUUAGCGCCUGACCUGGAUGUGGAUGUUCCAGAUGAGGGUUCGAAUCCAGAACCGGAUCCCGACUACACGGAAUACAUGACGGGCAAGUCCAAUAAUGCCAAGUUCAAUUCGAACAGCUCGUCAGUAUCAGAUGGCAUGCCCGGGUUGGAUCUCUCCGAUCCGAAGCAACUCGCCGAAUUUGCACGGCCCGGUCACAAACUGAAGGUGCGUAAGCCACCGGUGAUGGAUGGUGUCGAGCGAACGAUCGCGUGUCCCCACAAGGGAUGUACGAAGAUGUUUCGGGACAACAGUGCGAUGCGCAAGCACCUGCAUACGCAUGGGCCGCGGGUGCACGUGUGCGCGGAAUGCGGCAAGGCAUUUGUCGAGAGCUCGAAACUUAAACGACAUCAGCUGGUGCACACGGGCGAGAAGCCGUUUCAGUGUACGUUCGAAGGAUGUGGCAAAAGGUUUAGUCUCGACUUCAAUCUUCGCACUCACGUGAGAAUCCACACUGGCGAUCGGCCGUACGUGUGUCCGUUCGAUGGAUGCAGUAAAAAGUUCGCGCAAUCGACGAACCUCAAGUCGCAUAUAUUAACUCACGCGAAGGCCAAAUCUCGGAACGCAAUGGGAAGACAAGUACAACAAAUCCAACUUCAACAGCCUCAAUUUGUCCAGGUUGAAGUUGCAGAUGUGGACAAUCAACAGUUCAUUGUCUACGCCGAUUAGCCCCCCUAAAACACUGAUCUCUUAUAUCCCGCUGAACACAUUACUACUGAAGUAUCGUAACCAUUAAUUAUUAAUCUAAAUAAUGUAAAUAUUUUUACGGCGCGUACAAGAGUUUUGUCAUUACACAUGACACGGACAGUCAACUAGCCUGUCUUAAGAGAAUUAAUGGAAGAAUUUAAUACCUCUGUGCUUAGAUACGAAUUACUUGUGAGGAAUGUCUGGAGCACUAUAUUACCGUAAAAACACGAGAGGGCAAAUAAAGUUAAGUAAGAUUUAAAGGAAAAAAAAAGAAAAAAAAAGAUUAUGUACCUUUUAAGAUAACACGAGCUAGACUGUGUCGCGUACUGCUCAAUUUCUUGUUUAAUCAAGAGAAAUCGAGUGCGCUCGCAUACACAACAUUCACACAACACACAUAUAUACAUAUACACGACACUUAACACGAGACUGUAUAUAUAUAAAUAUAUAUAAGUACAAGUAAAAUAUUGUAUACAGUAUAUUUUGGAGAAAUUCAGAUGGGAAUAAACCACGAAGAUACAUCUUUUUCCGUCGGAUUCAAUAUUAUACCAUCUUGGUAACAUAUACGAAUUUUACACCGUAUAAUGCUGAGACUUGUUGACAGUUGAGAUGAGAGGAGAAAAAGGAAAGGAGGUUACGCGUACGUAACGUACAUUACGAAAUCCGUAAAUAUCACGUAAUUUUUAUCGUGAUUCACGAUAUUAAUUUUUUUUUAAAUACGAUAAUUGGAAGAAUAUGACAGAAUGUUUAACGUGUGGGAAGAAAACGGAAGUAACGUACUCGAAAAGAGGAAAUUGUACAAAAGACAAGAAUAAAACGAAAUGAUGUUACUGCAUUCCGAUGUGAUAUUUGCGAGAAAAAAAACGUUGCGACGUUUGCGUGCGCGCACGCACAUCGAACGACUUGAAAUGAUGGUGAUACGUAAAAUUUCGAGUAAGAAGCAAUAUAGCUAUGGAGAGAUAGAUUUAAUAUCGAAUUAGAAUAAAACGAUUACUGCGUGCAUCUCUUAUUACGUCACUGAUCAUAAUUAUAUUCGCAUAUCAUAAUUUUAUACGCGUGAUGUUAACUGACAUAAUUACGAUAUAAGUAUACAUGUGCACCAACCUGCAUUGAAUUAAAUGAACUUUGGAAUAAUUUGUUUAAA